GCCUCACAGAGAACUAGAAGCUUAGAUACCGACCCUCACUGUCGAUCGCCAUGGACUGCCGAUGUAUUGCAGCGAUGAGUGGAGGGGACCCCUUGUCCUUGCACCGCAUCAAGCGACGCCGCGUGGGCAACAAGGACGUCCACAUCAGCAUCAAGUAUGCGGGCAUCUGCCAUUCGGACAUCCACCAGGCCCGCGAGGAGUGGGGCAAGGGCAUCUUCCCCAUGGUGCCGGGCCAUGAGAUCGCCGGGGUGGUGGAGUCCGUGGGCGACGGCGUGACCAAGUUCAAGGUGGGGGACCGGGUGGGCGUGGGCGUCUUCGUGGACUCCUGCCGCCAGUGCAGCGCCUGCAAGGCCGGCGAUGGGAACUACUGCGAGCCCGGGAUGGUGGCCACCUACAACGCCCGAUUCAACUACAAGCACUGCGAGGAGUACAACGCAGAGGGGGGAGCUCCGACCUAUGGCGGCUACUCAGAAAGCAUCACCGUGGACGAGGCCUAUGUCUUGAAGAUUCCGGAUGGCAUGGACAUGGCGGGUGCCGCCCCGCUGCUCUGUGCGGGCAUCACCGUCUAUGCUCCCAUGGUCUUCCACGGCUUGAAGCCUGGCAUGAAGCUGGCCGUGGCGGGGCUGGGCGGCCUGGGCGCUAUGGCGGUGCUGAUUGGCAAGGCCAUGGGUGCGGAGGUCACCGUGCUCACGCGCUCCGCCGGGAAGAAGGAGGAGGCGCUGAAGGGUCUCAAGGCCGACAAGGUCGUGCUGGUCACCGAUGAGGCCGAGGCCAAGUCGGUGCAGGGCUACUUCAACAUGAUGAUCAACACCAUCAGCGCCCAGUACGACCUCAGCUCCUACUUGGCCAUGCUGGGCAACGCCGGAAAGUUCAUCAUGGUGGGUUUGCCCUCCGAGCCCAUCAGCCUGAGCGGCUUCAGCAUCGUGGGAGAUCGCAAGAUGGUCGCGGGCUCCAAGAUCGGCAACAUCAAGGAGACCCAGGACAUGCUGGACUUCUGCGCGAAGCACGGCAUCACGUGCCCCCACGAGCUGAUCCCCGCCGACCCCGCGAAGGUCAACGAAGCCUACGCGCGCGCCGUCAAGUCGGACGUGAGGUACCGAUUCGUGAUUGACACCUCCACCUUUCCAAAGUAAGAGAACGUAAGAGAAUGUAAGACAAUGUCUAGAGAUUGCCGAGGGAUCGAGAGCGAGGCACUUGGACUCGAAGCCGUUCAUGACAGAUGCUGGUUCCAAGAAUCUCUUCUGAUAUCACCUUCUGGCUACGUGUCCAUCCUUGCUGAAUGGAGAUUGGUGCAGGCAGCUUCUUCCAUUUUCGACUUCCCUUUUGCAAUACCCCAAGCGGCUCUUGAGGAAGAGCCCCCUUGUAGAGUUUGCAGAGACCAAAUCAGACUGUGCACGGGCCAGUCAGUUUUGCGGCAUGGGAA